AUGGUAAAGAGAAAAAGGGUGAGCCAGAUAUUAGCAAAGGCAAAGGUUGAUUUGAUUUUCAUACAAGAAACGAAGCUUAAGAAGAUGGAGGAGAGUUUGAUCAGGAGCUUGUGGGGGUGGGAGGAUUGUGAAUGGUCAGCGUUGGAUUCAGAAGGGCAGUCUGGAGGUGUGGUUACGAUUUGGCGAAAAGGAGUCAUUAAGCCCGAGUUCAGUUUCAAAGCUAAAUGUGUCUUGGGUGUGAAUGCUGUUUGGAAAGGUGGUGACUUCAAUGCAAUAAAGGUGGAGGAGGAGAGAUGUGGCAGGGUUCAAGCUAAUAGAGUAGAAAUGGAGGAGUUUGCUAACUUUAUAGAACUUAUGGAGGUGGUGGAUCUACCUGUGUUAGGGAACAAAUUUACAUGGAUAAAUUCUAGUGGCAAAGCGAAGAGUAGGUUAGAUAGAUUUUUGUUAUCAGAAGGAAUCAACAAUUUGUGGAAGAUAGUGGCUCAGGUGACGGGUAACAGAGACAUUUCAGAUCAUAGGCCUAUAUGGGUGAAAGCUUGUAACAGGGACUGGGGACCUAAGCCAUUCAAAGUUUUUAAUUGCUGGCAUGAGCAUCCAGAAUUUGAAAACUUUGUGAAGGAAGAAUGGAAUUCGAAGCAGGUUAAAGGGAGUAGUGCGUUUGUUUUAAAGGGGAAAAUAAAAAACCUUAGGGAAAGGCUUAGGUGGUGGAAUCAGAAGGUGUUUGGGUGGUUGGACUUGAAGAUUGAGGAUGAAGUAGAUGAUCUAAACGGUUUAGAAGAGGAGAAUAUGCUCAUAACUUCUCAACUGAAUCAAGAAGUAAGUGAAAAAAGGAAGCAGUUGCAAAGCAGCAUUUGGAAAGAUUUACACCUAAAGGAAAGUAUUCUAAAACAGAAGGCAAGAGUUAGGUGGAUAAGGAAGGAGAUAAUAAUUCUAAGUAUUUUCAUUCAAUAA